CAUAUAAAGAGCUUGGCACCCACCUAUAUUAAUAAAUACUGUAAUGUGACUGAAAGUGUAGUAUGUUUCAGACAGUCACAAGAGGACAGCUAUGCAUAAUUCUGAAUUGAGUGCAUACCUGAUCAUCCAAAUGCACACAGUUUAAAAGCGUGCAUAGGUGUCUUAGUGAUGGGCUUUUGGGAAAACUGCAUGAAAAUAAAUCCGCAAAGUGAAAUGAGAUAUUACUGUGAAAUCAGGUAAAAUUCAUUUCAUUUUCACGUAAUGGGAUCUAUACUUUACUAGCUGGACGCACUGUAAGGCCAAACUAGAGAUACACUUCUGAUGUGAAAUUCUAAAAGAACAGCAUCAAUGUACACAAGGGCCUGAAUUUAAUGGGAGCAAAAUCCAACUUAAUAUUUUAUAUGUUGACUUUUUAGUGAAGCAGUUCAGGGUGACAUAAAACUCAAUCUUCACUUCAUGGUGAGCAGAGGUAAAGAGCACAUUACGUCAUGGGGUGGGCAGUUAGGAAAAGGGCCUGCAAGAUCAUGCUGGGGAGGGAAGGAGGCCCAGGAGCCCUCACUUCCUGUCUUUCUGCUCAAUGUGCUGUCGCUGACCUGGCGCUCGUCGGGGUCCCUCUGGACACUGACCUCCCCUCCUUCUGCUUUCAGUUCUGGGAGGUGAUUGGCGAGGAGCAUGGGAUCGACUGGGCCGGAAGCUACCACGGGGACAGCGCCCUGCAGCUAGAGAGGGUCAGCGUGUACUACAACGAGGCCCACGGCAAGAAAUACGUGCCCCGAGCAGUCUUGGUGGACCUGGAACCUGGGACCAUGGACAGCAUCCGAUCCAGCCGACUGGGGGCCCUCUUCCAGCCGGACAGCUUCGUCCACGGUAACUCUGGGGCCGGCAACAACUGGGCCAAGGGCCACUACACGGAGGGGGCCGAGCUGGUGGAGAGCGUGCUGGACGCAGUGCGCGCCGAGGCCGAGGGCUGCGACUGCCUGCAGGGCUUCCAGCUCGUGCACUCGCUGGGCGGGGGCACGGGCUCGGGGCUGGGCACGCUGCUCCUGGGCAAGAUCCGCGAGGAGUACCCCGACCGCAUCCUCAACUCCUUCAGCGUGAUGCCCUCGCCCAAGGUGUCGGACACGGUGGUGGAGCCCUACAACGCCGUGCUGUCCCUCCACCAGCUCCUGCAGAACUCGGACGCCUGCUUCUGCAUCGACAACGAGGCUCUCUAUGACAUCUGCUUCCGCACCCUCCGGCUGGCCACGCCCACCUACGGCGACCUCAACCACCUGGUGUCCCUGACCAUGAGCGGCGUCACCACGUCGCUGCGCUUCCCGGGCCAGCUCAACGCCGACCUGCGCAAGCUGGCCGUGAACAUGGUGCCCUUCCCGCGCCUGCACUUCUUUAUGCCCGGCUUCGCGCCGCUCACGGCCCAGGGCAGCCAGCAGUACCGCGCGCUCUCAGUGGCCGAGCUCACCCAGCAGAUGUUCGACGCCCGCAACACCAUGGCCGCCUGCGACCCCCGCCGCGGCCGCUACCUGACCGUGGCCUGCAUCUUCCGGGGGAGGAUGUCCACCAAGGAGGUGGACGCGCAGCUGCUCGCCGUGCAGACCAGGAGCAGCAGCUGCUUCGUGGAGUGGAUCCCCAACAACGUCAAGGUGGCCGUGUGCGACAUCCCGCCCCGGGGGCUGAGCAUGGCGGCCACCUUCAUCGGCAACAGCACGGCCAUCCAGGAGCUCUUCGGCAGGAUUUCUGAGCACUUCUCGGCCAUGUUCAAGAGGAAGGCCUUCGUGCACUGGUACACGGGCGAGGGGAUGGACAUCAAUGAAUUUGCCGAAGCCGAGAGUAAUAUCCAGGAUUUGGUGUCCGAGUACCAACAGCUUCAAGAUGCCGAAGCAGCUCUGGAGGAGAAGGAGGAGGUCGGGGGGGAGGCAGAAACGGAGCCAGGAGAUAAGGGACAUUAACCACGAGAGCAGCUGUGUGAGGCUGGCUGCGGCGUGGAGUCACGUCCAGUGUUCUCACCCAGGAUGAGUGAGUCCCCCCGGCCGUCCCUGGCCACUUCCGCACCGCAGCACCGCGACCCACACGCAGCCACCCAGUAGUAGCUUCGACACAGGACUGCGCGGGUGGGGAGGUACGGGUGGGCAGUAGGGUCUUCUGCUGGCACCGACUAACCUUGAAGAGCUCCAUAUUCCCUGCCCACUCGAGUCGCUGCUUUUUAAUAGCCAGGUGAAUUUAUGGUAAAGCCCUCCCUCUGUUUAAAGAUAUGGACUGGCUAUUUGCUGUAUGCCUAGCACCGCGCCAGGCAUCAGGGCUCCACACGUGGACGCGUGGGGAGCCAUUGCGGUUGAGGUUAAAUUGUAAUCGCUUUAGCUAUGCUGGUAAGUGUCCCGGAAUCUGUACCUGGCAUCCCGGGCUGCUAAGGCUCUUCCUGCAGGUUCUCUCUUAACUUGCUGCCCGCAACCCAACUGCUCACACCUGCCGGCCUCCAGAAAAGCCAGGUGACUGCUUGGUGUGCGGGAGGUUCACAGGGGUAAAUGGGCUUCAGCGUCCACCAGUAAAUUGUGGAGACCGUGUGUACGUUUCAACGUACCAACUGCAAAGGGCAAAAGGGAGGAAAGGAGAGUGGCAUUCCUUCCCACAAAUACCCGGGCAAAAAAAUAAAAACCAAAAAACAAAAAACAAGCAAAACUCGAGAACUCCAAUCCUCUGAUCUUUAUGUCUGAAGAGCUAGCUUUUAACAUACGUGUAUUUACAUACUUUCAAGUUUCUUAUUAAUGUUUGAUUCUGGGAAUUCAUUAAUCAUCAUCGUUGGUUUUCCUUGUAAAGGCUAUUUCGAAAUGUCCUUUUCACUUUCAUGCAGCAAUCACCUCCUGAAAGCUCUCUGUAGCCGCUCUGUUCUUUAAA